AUGAUGGAGCCUGCAGCUUGCCAGGGCCAUAUGUUUAGGGCAGUAAUUCUUCUGCUUUUGAGUUUGAAUCCAUGCCAUAAUGUUGCCAUGGCAUAUGAUCUUUCAAAAUUCAUUGGCUAUGAAAUCCUGAGACGUGUUCUGAAGGGACCGAAUCCAGAAACUUCACCAGGUACCCCUGCAAUCAACUCCCUCCCAAAAGCAAAUGUUUUCGAGGUCAAGAGACCUGUUCCUUCGGGGCCAAAUCCCCAGGGGCCGCCAGAUUCUCCCCCUAGCUUUGAUGUUAAGAGGCUUGUUCCCUCAGGGCCGAGGGCGCAAGAAUCACCAGAUUCUCCCCCGCCCUAUGAUGUUAAGAGGCUUGUUCCUUCAGGGCCAAGUGGGUCAAGUGGCCAAGAAUCACUUGAACCUCCCAGUCGAUUCGAGGUUAAGAGACUAGUACCUUCAGGGCCAAAUGUGCAAGAAUCACCGGAUUCUCCCCCGAGCUAUGAUGCUAAGAGGCUUGUUCCUUCAGGGUCAAGGGGCCAAGAAUCAACUGAACCUCCCAGUCGAUUCGAGGUUAAGAAACUAAUACCUUCAAGGCCAAAUGUGCAAGAAUCACCGGAUUCUCCCCCGAGCUAUGAUGCUAAGAGGCUUGUUCCUUCAGGGUCAAGGGGCCAAGAAUAUUCGAGCUAUGAUGCUAAGAGGCUUGUUCCUUCAGGGUCAAGGGGCCAAGAAUCAACUGAACCUCCCAGUCGAUUCGAGGUUAAGAAACUAGUACCUUCAGGGCCAAAUGUGCAAGAAUCACCGGAUUCUCCCCCGAGCUAUGAUGCUAAGAGGCUUGUUCCUUCAGGGUCAAGGGGCCAAGAAUCAACUGAACCUCCCAGGUCAAGUGGCCAAGAAUCACCUGAACCUCCCAGUCGAUUCGAGGUUAAGAGACUAGUACCUUCAGGGCCAAAUGUGCAAGAAUCACCGGAUUCUCCCCCGAGCUAUGAUGCUAAGAGGCUUGUUCCUUCAGGGUCAAGGAGCCAAGAAUCAACUGAACCUCCCAGUCGAUUCGAGGUUAAGAGACUAGUACCUUCAGGGCCAAAUGUGCAAGAAUCAUCGGAUUCUCCCCCGAGCUAUGAUGCUAAGAGGCUUGUUCCUUCAGGGUCAAGGAGCCAAGAAUCAACUGAACCUCCCAGUCGAUUCGAGGUUAAGAGACUAGUACCUUCAGGGCCAAAUGUGCAAGAAUCACCGGAUUCUCCCCCGAGCUAUGAUGCUAAGAGGCUUGUUCCUUCAGGGUCAAGGGGCCAAGAAUCACCUGAACCUCCCAGUCGAUUCGAGGUUAAGAGACUAGUACUUUCAGGGCCAAAUGUGCAAGAAUCACCGGAUUCUCCUCCUGCAUUUAAGGUUAAGAGGCUUGUUCCUUCAGGGCCAAGCGCUCAAGAAUCACCUGAUGCUCCGCCAAAACCCGAAGCUUUUGUUUUUUCUCAAUCUAACAGUUUUGAGCAAUCUCCUCCAGGAUUAUAG